AUCAACUUUCCACUCUUUUUCAUUUCAUCUCAUCACAUUUUUCUCUCUCUCUCUCUUUCUUUUUCCUCUGCAAUCUCUCAACAUCAAAAAACUUCGAAAAUUCAAACUAUAAAUAAAAAAACCCCCAAAAAUAUAAAUAAAAUAAACACACACAAAAAAAGGAAGCAAUUAUUCAAUCACUUUCUUUUUUUUAGAGGUAUAUCCUAUCUUCCCCCACCUCCCUUUGUUUUUCCAGCUCGAAAGACAUUUUCUCUCUCCUCUUUUUUUUUGUUUCUCUCUUUAUUGAUCAUCAUCAUCAUCUUACCUCGAGAUCGUUGAUUCAUUGAUUAUUAGUGUUGCUGUUUGGUUAAAACAUUGAUAGCGGGAGCACAAAAACUUCGAGGAUGUCGAGCUCUACAAAGGCUUUGGAUCCUGCUUUCCAAGGAGCAGGACAAAAACCUGGGACUGAGAUAUGGCGAAUUGAGGACUUCCUGCCUGUUCCAUUGCCGAAGUCUGAUUAUGGUAAAUUCUACUCAGGAGACUCAUACAUUGUCUUACAGACAAGUUCUGGUAGAGGAGGUGCUUAUCUAUAUGACAUUCACUUUUGGCUUGGAAAAGAUACCAGCCAGGAUGAGUCUGGAACGGCGGCUAUCAAAACAGUUGAGUUAGAUGCAGUGCUUGGAGGGAAGGCUGUGCAACACAGGGAACUCCAAGGUUUUGAAUCUGACAAAUUUCUGUCAUAUUUUAAACCAUGCAUUAUACCUUUAGAGGGUGGAGUUGCAUCUGGUUUUAAGAAGCCAGUGGAAGAGGAGUUUGAAACAAGGUUGUAUAUCUGUCAUGGAAAGCGAGCUGUUAAGAUGAAGCAGGUCCCAUUUGCUCGCUCCUCUUUGAAUCAUGAUGAUGUUUUCAUCUUGGACACUAAAGAUAAGAUCUAUCAGUUCAAUGGUGCAAACUCCAACAUACAAGAAAGGGCCAAGGCCUUAGAAGUUGUCCAGUUUCUGAAGGACCAACAUCAUGAGGGGACAUGUGACGUUGCCAUUGUUGAUGAUGGAAAGCUACAAGCUGAAUCUGACUCUGGUGAAUUCUGGGUCCUUUUUGGAGGUUUUGCCCCAAUUGCUAGAAAGGUCAUUAGUGAGGAUGAAGUUGUUCCUGAGGAAACUGCGGCUAAGCUCUAUAGCAUCAAUGAUGGUCAAGCUCAAGCCUUAGAAGGUGAAUUGUCCAAGGGGAGGUUGGAAAAUAACAAGUGUUACCUACUGGACUGUGGGGUUGAGGUAUCUCUAUGGUUUGGUCGUGUGACACAACUGGAGGAUAGAAAAGCUGCCUGUCAAGCUGCAGAGGAUUUCAUUUCCAGCCAAAAGAGGCCAAAGACAACACGUGUCACCCGAGUUAUUCAAGGAUAUGAGACACAUUCUUUCAAGUCUCACUUUGACUCGUGGCCAAGCGGGUCUGCAGCUCCUAGUACUGAUGAAGGAGGAAGAGGAAAAGUAGCAGCUUUUCUGAAGCAGCAGGGUUUAGGCGUCAAAGGUGGAAACAAAAAUGUUCCAGUUAAUGAGGAUGUUCCACCAUUGCUUGAAGCCAGUGGAAAGAUUGAGGUGUGGCGAAUCAAUGGUAGUGCCAAGACGCCAGUGUCAAAGGAAGAUGUUGGCAAAUUUUACAGCGGGGAUUGCUACAUUAUUUUGUAUACAUACCACUCUGGCGAGAAGAAAGAAGACUACUACUUGUGCUGGUGGAUUGGAAAGGAUAGCAUUGAGGAUGACCAGAAGAUGGCAGCAAGGUUGGCUAAUACAAUGUGUAAUUCACUGAAAGGAAGACCUGUCUUGGGUCGGAUUUUCCAAGGAAAGGAGCCACCUCAAUUCGUUGCAAUUUUCCAGCCUAUGGUUGUUCUUAAGGGUGGACUGAGCUCUGGAUACAAGAAGUUCAUCGAAGAAAAAGGGUUGACUGACACAACUUAUUCAGCUGAUGAUGUUGCACUAAUAGAGAUAUCAGAAACUUCCUUACAUAAGAACAAAGCUAUGCAAGUUGAAGCGGUGGCAGCAUCACUGAAUUCUCAUAACUGCUUUAUUCUGCAAUCAGGAUCUUCACUUUUCAUUUGGCAUGGCAAUCAGAGCACUUUUGAGCAGCAGCAACUAGUGGCCAAAAUUGCUGAAUUUUUGAAGCCUGGGAGUACUAUUAAGCAUGCUAAGGAAGGAACUGAAAAUUCAGUAUUUUGGUCUGCACUUGGAGGGAAACAACCUUACACAAGCAACAAGUCUUCUCAGGAACUUGUCAGGGAUCCACACAUGUUUUUCUUUUCCUUUAAGAAAGGGAAGUUUCAGGUUGAAGAAGUCUACAAUUUUACUCAAGAUGAUCUUUUGACUGAGGAUAUGAUGAUACUUGACACCCACGUUGAAGUUUUUGUUUGGGUUGGUCAGUCAGUUGACGCCAAAGAAAAGCAGUCAGCUUUUGAAAUUGGCCAGAACUAUAUUCAGAGGGCUGUUUCACUUGAAGGGCUGUCUCCACAGAUCCCUCUAUACAGAAUCACUGAAGGAAAUGAGCCAUGCUUUUUUACGACAUACUUCUCAUGGGAGCCAGCUAAAGCAAUUGCCCAAGGGAAUUCAUUUCAGAAGAAGGUCAUGCUAUUUUUUGGUGUAGGCCAUUCUGCAGAGAACCCGGGUAGAUCAAAUGGGGGAGGAGCAACACAGAGAGCUUCGGCUUUAGCAGCCUUGUCAUCAGCCUUUAACCCCUCUUCCGGAGAAAAGUCGGGUUCUCCAAAUAAGUCAAAUGGGUCAAGCCAAGGGGGUGCGACGCAACGCGCUGCUGCUUUAGCUGCUUUGUCAUCUGCCUUGAGCCCAUCUCCUGAAAACAAGCCUGUUGGAGCCACUGCUCCAAAGCCAGUUAAUACUGGUCAGGGAUCACAAAGAGCUGCUGCGUUGGCUGCUCUUUCUUCAGCACUUACAGCUGAAAAGACACCUGAUGGAUCUCCUGCUCGAUCUGCGAGGAGUCCUUCCCCACCUGGAGAUAAUACCCCGCCUGCUCGGAAAGAGACAGAAAGCUCUCCUUCAGAUGUGACUGAAGAGACUCAAGAAACUACAGAAGAUCAAGAAUCAGAGGUUGUGGAACCAGUAGUACCUGAAAGCAAUGACGAGGAAUCAGUAUCCAAAGAUGAAGCUGAAGAGGAAGACUCUGCUUCUGGAAGCACACAGAGCACAUUCAGUUAUGAGCAACUAAGGGCUAGAUCAGAAAAUCCUGUCACAGGAAUUGAUUUUAAGCGCAGAGAGGCCUAUCUAUCUGAAGAAGAAUUUCAGUCUAUUUUUGGUGUGACAAAGGAAGCCUUUAACCAACUUCCCAGAUGGAAGCAAGACAUGCAGAAAAAGAAGUUUGAUCUGUUUUAGAUUCAAUUUUUCGAUUGGUGAUUACGUAUUUAUGUUUAAUCUUUGCUGUGAAAGUUCUUCAUGCUCAUUUACAGAAUGUUGUUGGUAAAAGAUGUGAGGUCAUAUAGUACAUUCAGCUUGGUUAGUUUUUCUUUAUGGUACCUGCUCUUUGGGUUGGUGUUUUCUAUAGCUGUUAAUAUUGGUUUUGAUUUCGGGAUAGUCGGUCCGAAGAGUGAUUUUUGUAUCUCUUCAUUGAUUUCAUUUGGUUUAGAGGGGUCUUUAAGAUGGGUCAUCAUUCUUUUUUAUAAUAUACUAAUCAUGUAUUCAAGACUAUCGAACAAGCUUUGAUCCUUUUGUCCAGGGUGUAUAUGUAUUGGAUUGUACUCUAUAAAAGCUUUUGUCUUUGUGUCGA